CGGUGGGAGGAGGGCGUUGCGAAUUUCCCAGGCUGCUGCGCGCGCCUUUUCUACCUGCCGUAUCUUGCGGGAAUUUUUGUUUUCUUCUGCCAUCCGUUGGAUUGUGCGCCCAUCCCGCCCGCAAUCAUGACGGUGGGUAAGAGCAGUAAGAUGCUUCAGCAUAUUGACUACAGAAUGAGAUGCAUCCUUCAGGAUGGGCGCAUCUUCAUUGGAACCUUCAAGGCGUUUGACAAACACAUGAACCUCAUCCUAUGUGACUGUGAUGAAUUCAGGAAGAUCAAGCCAAAAAACUCCAAGCAGCCAGAGCGGGAGGAGAAACGUGUUCUUGGAUUGGUUUUGCUUCGAGGUGAAACUCUGGUUUCCAUGACUGUGGAAGGACCUCCUCCCAAAGACACUGGAAUUGCUCGUGUGCCUCUUGCUGGUGCAGCUGGAGGCCCUGGUAUUGGCCGGGCAGCAGGUCGGGGUGUCCCUGCUGGAGCACCAAUGCCUCAGGCCCCAGCUGGGUUAUCAGGUCCUGUCCGAGGAGUAGGAGGCCCAUCUCAGCAGGUGAUGACACCCCAGGCACGUGGAACUGUUGCAGCAGCUGCAGUUACAUCCAGUAUCGCAGCAGCACCUCAACAAUAUGCACCAGGCCGUAGUGGUCCCCCACCAAUGGGGCGUGGAGCACCCCCACCAGGUAUGAUGGGUCCUCCUCCUGGUAUGAGGCCACCUAUGGGUCCACCGAUGGGAAUGCCUCCUGGAAGAGGAGCACCGAUGGGAAUGCCACCAGGGAUGAGACCGCCACCACCAGGAAUGCGAGGUCCUCCCCCACCUGGCAUGCGACCACCAAGACCGUGAAAAUAAAACCAUCAAUGUUCAGACUGAUGACCAACAAGGGACUGUUUGAUUUGCUGUAUUGGAGUUGAAAUCCGAGCAGAGAAUGUCCAAAUCUUGCCAUUUAUAAUGGCUGGUGGUUGCAAUGCAACUGCUGAAACUUCUGGGCCUUGACGUAGACUUGAUGUGUUUGCUUUUUAUUGUAAUAUUUUACAUUUUUAUUAAAAUGUUUUGGUAAAAUGAAA